GAAAAGUUCGUUUUUUGCGGACUUUUUCCUACCUUAGAUGGAUACGGAUCCAACCAAACAGUGUGAAGCUCUCUAAUUUUACUCCCCAAACAUUCUUUUUUUUUUCUUUGAGAGCUCCAAACAUUCUCUCUGUGUGUUUGUUCAUUAGCUCAAACGAGGGUUUUUUAUUGGGGCUGCAGCAAUCGAGAGAACGAAGCACAUUCAUUUUGAGGUAACCUUCGAGAAUUUGAUUUGCGUUAGAUAAUUUUGAGUUGUGGUUCCCAUUUAGUUCAGCCACGCUUGAUUAGGUUUAGAGAUUUUAAUUUUGCCAUGAAAAAAUCAAAGAGAAGUAAAGCUGAGGAUCGACUCAGCGAGUUGCCGGACUCAGUAAUAUUUCAGAUAUUGUGGUUGUUGCCGAUGACAGAUGUGGUUAGGACAAUAAUUCUAUCCAAGCGCUGGAGAAACCUUUGGACCACCACCCCGUUCCUUAAUUUCGACAAUGAAGCUAUGUCGAUUAAUGAUAAUGAUAAUGAUGAUAGACUUCUGAAAUUCGUUAAUCGGGCUUUAUUAUGCUGGAACGGAAUCAGGGUUUUGAAAUUCAAGUUCGUUUCGCGCCAGCAGCUCUAUGAUUCAACAUACAGUGAUAUUAAUUUGUGGGUCAGCUUCGCUAUGAGAAAUAGAGUCGAAGAUUUAUAUUUAAAUGUGUACUGCGAAAGUGUAUCAGGGAUGGAUGGUGGUAAGAAUGAUGUGUACUGGGUGCCGCAGUUUCUCUUCUCGUGCCCGUCUCUUAAAGAGUUAACACUCAUAGAUUGCAACAUCGAUAUUUCUGGGGAUGUGCAGUGGAAUCAACUCAAGAGUUUGAGGAUUGAAGGCUUCAGGGUCACUGCACAUGUGAUUGACCAAAUAUUGAUUGGUACCCCUCAGUUGACAGUCUUUAUCUUGAGAUUUGCAGAUGUAGGUGAAAGCUUGAGUAUCCAAUCUAGUAGUUUGAAAGAGCUGUCGAUUGACAAGUACUUUUUGACAUAUGAAGAUUUAUGGACGUUUUCGGAGCUCAGAAUUUGGACCCCAAAUCUUGAAACAUUAGAAAUUAAAGGAAUUCCAUAUAGCAAGUGUAUGCUGAUUGAUGUAUUGUCUUUAACCCGUGCAACUAUUGGGUUAUCCGGUCUAGAACAUUGUGAUCAGGAUGAUGCUCUCUUACGUGGGAUCAAGUUUGAGGACGGCUUAUUUUCUGGGAAUGAUUUUCAAGGAAACACAUUGAGUCAAAUUAUUACAACCAUUCAACAUGUUGAAAAUGUCAAAUUAUUGAAAUGUUGCAUCAAGGUGCUCGGAGUAUUGAAAAGGAAAUGUAUGCAUUCAUCUUUUCCUAAUGUCAAAUCCCUAGAGCUUAGUUGUUGUUUCAAUGACUAUGAACAAAUAGUAAAUCAUCUUGAGAUUUUCCCUCAAUUGGAGAGGUUAGUCCUUGAAGGCGUUAGAAGAGAUGACUACAAAGACAAAGAGUCACUCAAGUUUGAAGCAAAUCUCCCUAAUUCCUUUCUUAUGCAGUUGAGGACAAUUGAGGUUACUUGGUUUAAUGGUUACAGUAUGUUUCCAUUAAUAGAGAUUUUGUUGAAAUAUGCGAGCAAGCUAGAAAGGAUGGUGUUCAGAGUAGAAAAAUCAAUAUUUGCACCAUCACCGCUAUCUUCUUUGUUGUUGGCAUCACAAACACUGUUGAGAAUGUCAAGAUCAUCACCCAACUGCAAAAUUGAUUUCUAUGAUUGUAGGAAUGCACGCGACUCCUAGUAAUUGAUCGUCUUCUUUUAAGGACAUAGCUUUCGUCCAAUCUUUUCUUUAAAUAUUUUGCAACUUUGAGCUGGAUAGCUCGAUUUCUCUUUUCUUAAUUCGGCUAUGUGUCUUGUUUCAAUUUUAUUUUUGUUUGCUUCAUUUUGGGAUUGUAUUUUACUUUUCAUUUUGGGAUUAUAUUUUGCUUAUUUAGGGCAGUAGAUCAAUUUCACACUUUUGAAUUAAGUUGAUGCUCUUUUGAUA